AUGCUCACGCUACGGCCCCAGGUGACCCGAGUUGGGUUUCGAUUAUGGCGCCCUAUAUUUGUGCGGGGCGCUAAGAUGAAGCGCAAAGUUGAGUCCAAGGAGGCAACGAAAGAUCUGGAAGAGCGGAUCGCCCAAAUACCUAUCGAUCGGUACCGAAAUUUCAGUAUUGUUGCCCAUGUCGACCACGGUAAAUCCACCCUGAGCGAUCGUUUGUUGGAGCUCACCGGGGUGAUUGAACCGGGAUCGAACAAGCAAGUUCUCGAUAAGCUUGACGUUGAGAGGGAACGCGGCAUUACCGUCAAAGCCCAGACUUGCACCAUGAUAUACAAUCACAAAAACAAAGAUUAUUUAUUGCAUCUUGUCGAUACCCCUGGCCACGUCGAUUUUAGACAAGAAGUUUCUCGCUCGUAUGCAUCCUGUGGUGGUGCUUUAUUGUUGGUUGAUGCAUCACAAGGUGUCCAGGCCCAGACGGUGGCUAACUUUCAUCUUGCCGACGAUUUGGGGCUGGAGCUAGUGCCGGUUAUAAACAAGAUUGACUUGCCCCAUGCUGAUGUGCCCAGGGUCACUGAGCAAUUGUUUGAUAUGUUUGGGUUAUUGGAUCCCGUGGCGAUCUCAGCCAAAGCUGGCCUUCAUGUUGAGAAAGUUUUGCCGGCUAUUGUUGAACGCAUCCCUCCGCCUACGGGGAAAUUAGAUCAACCGCUAAAGUCAUUGCUCGUAGACUCAUGGUUCGAUCCAUUUCUGGGCGUCAUUCUACUGGUGCACAUUGUAGAUGGUAAAGUGUCCAAAGGCACCAAGAUCAUGUCGGCCCAUACUGGAUUCAAGUAUGAGGUCAAGGAAGUGGGAAUCAUGUAUCCUGAACGAGUUUCCACAAAGAAUCUCAGUGCUGGUCAGCUUGGGUACAUUAUUACUGGUAUGAAGCGUUCACAGGACGCUCAUAUUGGCGAUACGUUUAUGCAAGUGAAUCAUCCUGUGGAAGCGCUGCCUGGAUUCGAAGAAGUCAAACCCAUGGUCUUUUUGGGAGCAUUCCCGGCUGAAGGUGCUAACUUUGAGCAGCUUGAGGAAAGCAUUGAGCAGCUUACAUUGAAUGAUCGUUCCGUCACUCUGCAAAAAGAAAGCUCAAAUGCUCUUGGCCAGGGCUGGCGUUUGGGUUUCUUGGGCACUUUGCAUGCCAGCGUUUUCAAAGAACGUCUGGAGAAAGAGCACGGCGGUAGCCUCAUUUUCACGGCGCCGACUGUGCCUUACAAAAUUGUUGAAAAAGACGGCACAGAACGCAUCGUCACCAAUCCAGACGACUUUCCGCAAAUGACUAGCGGAGCCAUGGGAGUUAAAGAUCUCCAGGAACCCUUUGUCGAGGCUACUAUUCACACGCCUCCUGAGUACGUUGGCCAGGUCGUGCAACUGUGUCAAGCGUUCCGUGGUCAGCAGAGCGACGUAGAGUAUUUGGCCAACGGACAGGUCUGUGCCAAAUUUUUGAUUCCGCUGGCUGAGCUGGUCGAUGACUUUUUCGGUAAACUCAAAGGCGCAACUAAAGGCUAUGCGUCGUUGGAUUAUGAAGACGCCGGCUAUCAAUCGUCACAAAUUGUCAAGCUUGAGCUGCUGGUUAAUGGCAACAGCGUGGACGCUCUGGCCAAAGUUAUGCACGUGUCCCAGGUCGACGAGAAAGGCCGGAUCUGGGUGGACAAGUUCAAGGAAUACAUGCGGUACCAGCUGUUUGAGAUCAUCCUGCAAGCUCGGUGCGGCAACCGAAUCAUUGCCCGGUCCACCGUAAAGGCCAAGCGCAAGGACGUCCUCCAUAAGCUGCAUGCAGCCGAUAUCACUCGUCGCAAGAAGCUGCUGGCCAAACAAAAGGAAGGUAAAAACCGUAUGCAGUCGGUGGGGCGCGUGCACAUCCCGCAAGAAGCAUACCAAGGGUUCCUGGCUAGGGACUAG